AUGGCUGACGAGACCCCCCGGAAGGGCAGCUUCUCGGCGCUCGUCGGACACACCAACGGCCUCACCAAGCCCGCGUCCCUCGCCGCGGCCGCCGUCACCGCCAAGCCCGGCGGCGCCGGCGGCUCCAAGAAGCUCGUGAUCAAGAAUUUCCGAGACAGACCUAAAUUGCCUGAUAACUACACUCAGGACACCUGGCAGAAGCUUCAUGAAGCAGUGAAAGCCAUACAAAGUAGUACCUCCAUCCGCUAUAACCUGGAAGAGCUCUAUCAGGCUGUUGAAAACCUUUGUUCCCACAAAGUGUCCCCGACGCUCUACCAGCAACUGCGCCAGGCCUGCGAGGGCCACGUCCAAGCACAGAUCCUCCAGUUCAGAGAAUAUCCUUACUCACUAGACAGUGUGUUGUUUCUCAAGAAGAUUAACACGUGCUGGCAGGAUCACUGCAGACAGAUGAUCAUGAUCCGGAGCAUCUUCCUGUUCCUGGACCGCACGUACGUGCUCCAGAACUCCACGCUGCCCUCCAUCUGGGACAUGGGGUUAGAGCUGUUUAGAAACCACAUCAUCAGUGAUAAAAUGGUCCAGACGAAAACCAUCGACGGCAUCCUACUGCUGGUGGAACGGGAGCGGAGCGGCGAGGCGGUGGACCGGAGCCUGCUGCGGAGCCUUCUGGGCAUGCUGUCCGACCUCCAGGUAUAUAAAGACUCAUUUGAACUGAAAUUUUUGGAAGAAACAAAUUGUUUAUAUGCUGCAGAAGGCCAAAGGUUAAUGCAAGAAAGAGAGGUGCCAGAGUAUCUUGACCAUGUGAGUAAGCGCUUGGAGGAGGAGGCGGACCGCGUGAUUACAUACCUAGAUCACAGCACACAGAAACCGCUGAUCGCCUGUGUGGAGAAGCAGCUCUUAGGAGAACAUUUAACAGCAAUUCUGCAGAAAGGGCUGGACCAGCUGCUGGACGAGAACCGGGUGCCGGACCUCACGCAGAUGUAUCAGCUGUUCAGCCGCGUGCGGGGCGGCCAGCAGGCGCUGCUGCAGCACUGGAGCGACCACAUCAAGACUUUCGGGACAACGAUUGUCAUCAAUCCUGAAAAGGACAAAGACAUGGUGCAGGACCUGCUCGACUUCAAGGACCGGGUGGACCACGUGAUAGACGUGUGCUUCCAGCGGAACGAGAGGUUCAUCAACCUGAUGAAAGAGUCCUUUGAGACGUUCAUCAACAAGAGGCCCAACAAGCCUGCAGAGCUGAUUGCAAAGCACGUAGACUCGAAGCUGAGAGCAGGGAACAAGGAGGCGACGGACGAGGAGCUGGAGAGGAUGCUGGACAAGGUCAUGAUCCUCUUCCGGUUCAUCCACGGUAAAGACGUGUUUGAAGCAUUUUACAAAAAAGAUUUAGCGAAAAGACUCCUGGUGGGGAAAAGUGCCUCUGUCGAUGCUGAGAAAUCUAUGCUGUCGAAGCUGAAACAUGAGUGUGGGGCCGCCUUCACCAGCAAGCUGGAGGGCAUGUUCAAGGACAUGGAGCUCUCCAAGGACAUCAUGGUUCAUUUCAAGCAGUACAUGCAGAAUCAGAGUGACCCGGGCUCCAUAGACCUGACCGUGAACAUACUGACCAUGGGCUACUGGCCGACAUACACACCCAUGGAGGUGCAUCUGACUCCAGAGAUGAUCAAGCUACAGGAAGUGUUCAAGACAUUUUAUCUGGGGAAACACAGUGGGCGGAAGCUUCAGUGGCAGACGACGCUGGGCCACGCUGUGCUGAAAGCCGAGUUCAAGGAGGCAAGUCCUGGAAAGAAGGAGUUCCAGGUGUCCCUGUUCCAGACGCUGGUGCUGCUCAUGUUCAAUGAAGGGGAUGGCUUCAGCUUCGAGGACAUCAAGAUGGCCACUGGCAUAGAGGACAGCGAACUGCGGAGGACGCUGCAGUCCCUGGCCUGUGGCAAAGCCCGUGUCCUCCUCAAGAGUCCCAAAGGGAAGGAGGUGGAAGAUGGAGACAAGUUCCUCUUCAACGCAGAGUUCAAGCACAAGCUCUUUCGGAUAAAGAUCAAUCAGAUUCAGAUGAAGGAGACGGUGGAGGAGCAGGUGAGCACCACGGAACGCGUGUUCCAGGACCGGCAGUACCAGAUCGAUGCCGCCAUUGUGAGGAUCAUGAAGAUGAGGAAGACACUGGGCCACAACCUGCUCGUCUCUGAGCUGUAUAAUCAGCUCAAGUUCCCAGUCAAGCCUGGAGAUCUGAAGAAGCGGAUUGAGUCUCUCAUAGACAGGGACUACAUGGAGAGGGACAAGGACAGCCCGAACCAGUACCACUACGUGGCCUGA